AAUUGUUCUCCCACCCCUUCCGUUCCUGUAUCUUAUGUGGGACAAUGGCUUCCUUAGUGCUGGAGACUUUGGACAACCCACCUCAACCUCCAGGUGAUGGAGGGACCAUGGCUCUUCCUAGCCCACUACAACAGGGGAAGCCCCUUCCUGUUGCAGGCAGCAGUUCUAAAACUGCCAUAGUAGGGAGCAGCUCUCAGGACUUCUUGCUUCCGCCACCGCUGCCAACGAUCCCGCCGCUACCAUCACCCACCUUCAACCAGGCAGCGCCACCUGCCACCCCAACCAGAGUUGUCUACAGCCUGUCAGGCUCCACAGCCACUUCUUCGCCCCCGAGGCUCGUCCAGACUCUUCCGGGAUCCUUCCCCGACAUUUACGAUGGAGACAUGAAGAAGUGGGACGAACACUUCCACAGCAUUCAGAGAGCCUACAAAGAGUUUGGCAAAGAGGAUGACUUUGCCAUCCGGGUCCUGACGGAGGACUUCACCCUUCCAUUCCCUUUUGCCUGGCCCAGCGAAACUGAAGUGGGUCGGCAGCCAGCCUAUGAUCCUUCCGACUGUGCUGGCUUUGACUUUUUCCUCCACCCAGGCCAACCUGUGCCUCGCCUCCUCCAACCCCUGCAUGCUACUACCCAAGCUUUCUUCAAGAAGAGACGGCUAGAGCAGCUGGCUCUCAGUUAUGCCAGCAAAGCGUCCCUGGCCAACACUCCAGGGCUGCCUUCGCCACAGGAGUCUAGCCCCGGCUUGCGGCCAGACAUCAUGGUCAUCACCACCAUGCCCUGUGUGGCUACCACUACAACACCAAGUGAGCCACCAUUUAUCCUGCAGGAUGGCAAAGCCCCUCGAAACAUCCAACCUGCCCCUGCAACUAUCCCAAAUGUGGCUCCAAGACAAUCAAUCAACCUUCAGUUUAUGAGCCCUACCAAUCAUGGGCCAUUUUAG